AUGGCUUUGUGGCUAAGUUUCAACAUUUUCGAGAAUUUAUUUUUAAACGUACUUUUAUGCUUAUGUUUACUGCUGGUACGACCAUCUAACGGACAAGACAAGAUUUACAAUUUUCUCGAGGAAGAACCGGAAGGGACGUUUAUCGGCAACAUAGCACGUGACCUAAACCUCGCGGCCCUGAUCCCACCGGAAGUCUUCAAGACGCUGCAGUACAGCAUCAUGCUCUGGGAAGAUGGUUCCCUCUUCAGGGUAGACAAGGACAACAGCGAUCUCUUCGCCAAGCUCCGACUGGACCGCGAGGCGCUCUGCCGGUUCGAGAACCAGUGUCACCUUGACCUUCGGGUUGUCGCACGUUCACGCAACGACAUCCGGAAAUACACGAUCGUGGUGAAUCUUCUUGACAUCAACGAUAACGCCCCUACCUUUAACCAGUCGAAAAUCGUCUUGAAAAUUUCCGAGUCUGUUACUUUAGGCGCGAAAUUCGCAAUCCCGUCUGCUACUGAUGAGGAUCGCGGUGAGAAGAAUUCGAUUCAAUCGUAUAGUAUCGAACCUCCAAGUUCUAUUUUCAGUAUCGAGUACUUCAAAAAACUUGACGGCACGUGCGACGUGAAUCUGGUGGUCAAUCGUUUGCUGGAUCGUGAGACCGAGAGCAGCUACACGCUUGUGGUUGUGGCGAGGGAUGGGGGGUCUCCGCCCCUCAACGCCUCGCUUGUCGUGGUGAUACAAGUAGAGGAUGAGAACGACAACGCCCCCCACUUCCCCCAGAAGCUGUACCGCGUGCAGGUCGGGGAGAAAACAGCCCCGGGCGCCGUGAUCCUCCCGCUGACGGCAUCCGACGACGACAUCGGCGUCAACGCCGCCAUCACCUACAGGCUCAGCGCGCACCAGGACGCUAAAAUCCGCGAGAUGUUCGCGGUGGGAACGCGGUCCGGGGUGUUGACGGCCAACGCCGCGUUAACCAGUGGCAGCUACACCAUCAUCGUGGAGGCGGUGGACGGGGGUGCGCCCGUGAAGAUCAACCAAACGGAGGUGCUGGUGACCGUCAUCGACACGGAGAACGACCCGCCGGUUAUUGCCAUUGACACCUUGAACGGCGACUCGUCCAGCGCUUUGGUUUACGAAGGUUCCAGCCAAGAUGCCAUGGUGGCCUAUGUGUCAGUGGCCGACCCGGACUCCAACGAAAACGGCGCCGUUUCCUGCUACAGUCAGAGCUCGUUCUUCGACCUCCGGGUCAUCGAAGGUCACGAUUACAUGGUCGUGGCGGUCAAACCACUCGACCGCGAGCAGACCCCAGAGUUCAAGGUCACGAUUUUUUGCGAAGACUCGGGUACCCCGCGCCUCAACGCCACCAAGACGUUCGACGUCGUUGUCGGCGACGUCAACGACAACAGCCCGGUUUUCGACAACGACAACAAAGACAUCGCCAUCGCCGAGGACAACGCCGUCAACGACGUGGCCAUGCUCAUCACAGCGACGGAUAAAGACGCGGGGGACAACGCCAAAAUUACCUUCAGUCUUCUAGACGAUUCCGACGGGUUUUUCCGCAUCCCGCCCGGCUCCAACGCCCUGCUCUGCGCCAGGGUGCUUGACCGCGAGACCAAGGACACCCACGUGGUUAAAAUCCUGGCCCGUGACGGCGGAACCCCCUCCAACUCUGCGACCGCCACCGUGACCAUAACCGUAACAGACGUCAAUGACGUCACGCCGCAGUUCUUCCAGCUCAAAUACACUUUUUUCAUCGAGGAAGGACUUCCGGCCGGCAGCUUCGUCGGGGCUGUCGCGGCUUUCGACCUUGACCUCAACGAAGGUGGACAGGUCAAGUUCUCUCUUCCGGUACCCGGAAACGAUAAAUUUCAAAUUCUGCCCAACGGAACCAUCAGGACACUGGCGCCUUUAGACCGCGAACUGCAGGACAUGUACUCGUUUAACGUCGUAGCGUCGGACAACGGACGUCCGUCCCUGAGCUCCCAGGCGGAGGUGCACGUCCUGGUGCGUGACGUCAACGACAACGCCCCCGUCUUCGUGUUCCCCAGCGCCACCAACAACAGCGUGACGCUGACCUUGCCCGUGGACAACAGCCGCUCGUUGGUCAGGUUACAGGCUACCGAUGCCGAUGAGGCUAAGAAUGGAGAGGUGACCUAUAUUCUACAACCCGGAAACGCGUCACAGCUGUUCCAACUGAACCCCAUGACGGGCGACCUCUACGCCGCCAAGACUUUUGGUAAAGCAGAAGUCGGGGACUACAACCUGACGAUCACAGCUUCUGACAAGGGCGAUAAUCCGCUCAACGUCACCCGCUCUCUGCUCAUGCACGUGCAGAUAAGUCCCGAAAUGGGGCGGGUCCACGGGUUUGAUACGAACGCCAUGAUUGCCGCGGGGCUGGUGUGCGGGACAGUGCUUGUCGCCGUGGUUAUCGUUCUUGUCGUCUGCGUCAUGAGGCGAAGGGACAAGGGGAAGCGACUGCGGUAUCUGGACAACAAGGGGGAGCACUUGUCUCCUCAAAGUUUGAACGCGGUUACGUUGGCAAACCAAUACAGCAAUCAAAAGGAAUCUAACAACAAUAGUGGCACCAGUGAUGUCAUCAAAAACACCAAACACCACGAAACACCAGAAAAAAGACCAGACUUUCCUGAGUUGACUGACCAGUACCAGAGACCAGCCCUACUGGACAUCCGCCAGGCCGUGCAGGGCGUGGUCAGUGGAGACGAGCCAGACCUGAACGACAAGGAACUCAACAGGAUGACCAGCCUCAGGCUGCAACAGGCCUUCCAACACAUCAGCAGCUUCAAAUCGAGGCUCAUCACACCCGCUGAUACAAGCAAGCCUUACGAGUGGCGGGAAAUCCAUAUUCCCGGGCCAGGCCACCCGGGCGACUUCAGCAGUCUGAGCUCCCGCGGGACAACCACCACCACCACCAACAACAACUACACCGCCGACAGCGGCGUGGGUACCGACGACGACACCACCUAUCUCCCCAAAGUUACCUCCCCGUCCCGCCGGAAAUCCCACACCCCGCCCAGUUACCACCAGCACCAGAAGCAGCACCAGCGGUUCUGCCCCAGACUACCAUCCGACCUCAGCGUCGACUCGACCCAGCACUCCAUCGCCUCGCUCCCCGGCGUGUUCAUCAAACACAGCAGCGAGACAUUUGGGUUCCGGCCCCUGAGCUCACGGAGUAGCGACUCCUACCCCAGUGAGACCAUCGACGACCAGUGCACCACCACUUCCGGUAGCUACAGCAUCAACAUGGACGACCAGCAUGGCGCCAAGCGGCCAUCUUUACACAUGGGAGAUUUCGGAUACAUACAAGACAUAUACGUUUAA